AGAGCGCGUGCGCGCGCGUGUUUACCCCGCGCUCUCCACCCUUUUAGAGAGAGCGAGAGAGACUUACAGAGAAAACGGGCACGGGCUCUGAGGUAAAGCCGAGACUGGAUGAAAAAGAGAAAACAGUGAGAAAGAAGAGUGGAAGCGACCGUUUCUGACAGGAGGACGGUUGGUUUUCAUCUCCAAGGUCAACCGUCCAGAGCGCGACCGUUAAACCGCACCGAAUUAACGGGAAAACAAACGCUCAGAAACGGAGAGGUGACGGACCAGCGCUGCCGAGGAUGGAUCAGGCGUACGGGGCGGGAAAGGCUGGAGGUGCCUUCGACCCACUGGCCUUCUUUCAGCAACCGCAAACGAUUCUUCGCCUCGUGUCGUGGAUCUUUUCCAUCGUCAUCUUCGGCUGCAUUGCUAAUGAAGGCUAUGUGAACCGGCCAGACGAGGUGGAGGAGUUCUGCAUCUUUAACCGCAACCAGAAUGCCUGUAACUAUGGUGUGGCUAUGGGCUCACUGGCUUUCCUCAGCUGUGCUGCAUUCCUGGCUCUGGACAUCUACUUCCCACAGAUCAGUGGAGUCAAAGACCGCAAAAAGGUUGUGCUCGCGGAUAUAGGCAUCUCAGCAUUUUGGUCCUUCAUGUGGUUUGUGGGAUUCUGUUUCCUGACCAACCAGUGGCAGGUAGCCAAGCCUGAAGACAAUCCUUUAAAUGAGGGUGGAGAUGCAGCAAGAGCAGCCAUCACCUUCUCCUUCUUCUCUAUCUUUACCUGGGCUGGUCAGGCAUUCUUGGCCUUCCAGAGGUACAAGCUUGGAGCAAGCUCCAGUCUCUUCUCCCCGGACUACGCUGACCCCAGCCAGGACCCGACAGCGGCGCCCCCUGCAGGCUCGGAAUACACAGGCUAUACGGGAGACAUGGAGGCUCCAGCCAAUAUGGAUUCCUCCUAUUAUGGCUCUGCGGGCUACCAGGGCCAAGACUACUAAGGUGGGUUGGAGAGGCUGAAGGAGCCUGGAGCUCAGCCAUUGUGGGCUGGGCUUGUUGAGCUGUGAUGAGGACUUACAGGUUGAAGAAUGCUGAACAGAGAGGGACACUGGGCGGCAUUGUUUUAACCAAAGAUGGUUAAUCAAAGACCUAUGGUAAUUGCAGGGCUAAAAUAGGGUAUUUAGGGGUUAUUCUAUUAACAGUUUGUAUAGGGAUUCUUUGGUGAAAGGACAUUAAAGGGGUUGAAUUGGGUUGAGGGGGCUCUGCUGGUUGGCUGUGCAUGGGAGCGGUUCAGUCUUUGCAAAGCAACUAUGUAAGAUAAAAAAUAUUUUUAAAAAUUGGAAGAAUAGGAAUUUUAACAGAGGCGUUUUAGUUUUUGUGUGUAUUCCAACCAUUUUGCCUUUGACUAAAGAGAAUGGGUGGUGAGAUGGCAUCAUUGUUGGUUGGUCACUUGUAGUUUACUGUUAACCUCCACAGUAAUAAAGCUUACAGUUACAGGAAUUACAGAAAAGCAUAAUUCUAGCACACAAAAAUAAACUAGCUUUUACACAGAUAAAAACCCUAAUAUAAGUAAUUGGAAAGAUAAACCCAUCAGUGUGUAAAGUGACACAAAGGGAACCUAUGCUUGAUGUACUGUAAGCAAAGAGUGCACCAGUCCAAGUGGUGCUGAAGACCACAGUGUCUUGAGCUUUACUGUAAAAGCAUUACUUACGGUCUACUACUAAUUAAUGUUAAGACCGUCCUAAUAGAAUUGACAGUUGGGGUUCUCAAAACCACACUUCAUCAUUUGUUGCCAUCAUGUUUUUUUGUGUUCAGUAUAACAUCCAGUAAUCCAGUUAUGUGUAUUCAGCUCAUAUCCAAUGAUAUCACCACUAAAUAAAACAUCACUGAAGAAAAAUUCUUAAAAGAAUCAUAAACAUGAGAUUGUGAUGUGGUUUUGUUAUGUAUUAUAUCCCAUUUUAUAUCAGCUAGGUAAGGAAGCACAUUUCCACUACUUGAAAUUCUCAUAAUUCAGAAUCUCUGUUAUCAGGGAUUAAGUUGAAUAUGUAAUAGUAGCUUUCAGAUAUUAAAAAAGUAUAAUAUAGUAUCUCAAAAUACUGUAUCAUAAUUCAAACAACACUGAAGAAAAAUACAAAAAGGUGUAUGAGUUGUUUGGAGUUGUAUCUUAUAAUUAUGAGAAAUUCUGAAAUAUUAAGCUUUCUCAUUGUUAUGACAUACUCCAUAUCUUUUUUUUCAUCUGGCAAAAACCUACUUUCUGCAUGAGCUACAGAAAGAAAUGUCAGCUGCCCUUAGCAUUUACAUACUUUGAC